CUGGCCACAACUCCCGGUAACUUCCACCAGCGGCCUACUAUGAUGUUGAUCCUUCUUCUCCCGUCACGGACCUCAUUUCCGUAUCAGUUUCAUGACCCUGACCCUGCCAAGGCGGAUCAUUGACCGAGCGUAGUCCCUGCUUCGACUUUAUCCGCCCUAUAGGCAUUGAUGAUAUCUGCAGGUGUGAAGAUCUGCAACGUUUCCUGUUUGAAUAUCCGUUUACCUCUACAUUCGGACGUUUCGACUUGAAUAACGGUGGAUGGGGAGAUGUUGCCGAGAAGGGUGCAUUCUGCUUUUCUCCGUGCUGGAUUGGGAUAGUUAGGAUGAGAGGAGGAUAUAAAGGUUGGACAUUCUCAUCUCCUUGGACACUAACUGUAGACUGUUAAUCGAGCAGUCAUCAUGAAGUUUCAGAGCACCCUGCUUCUUGCCGCCGCGGCUGGUUCCGCGUUGGCUGUGCCUCAUGGUCCUGGACAUAAGAAGAGGGCGUCUGUGUUUGAAUGGUUCGGAUCGAACGAGUCUGGUGCUGAGUUUGGGACCAAUAUCCCUGGGGUUUGGGGAACCGACUACAUCUUCCCCGACCCCUCUGCCAUCUCUACGUUGAUUGACAAGGGGAUGAACUUCUUCCGCGUCCAGUUCAUGAUGGAGAGGUUGCUGCCCGACUCGAUGACUGGCUCAUAUGAUGAGGAGUAUCUGGCCAAUUUGACGACAGUGAUAAGAGCGGUAACGGACGGAGGCGCCCAUGCGCUUGUCGACCCUCAUAACUAUGGCAGAUACAACGGCGAGAUCAUCUCCAGCACGUCGGAUUUCCAGACCUUCUGGGAGAAUUUGGCAGGCCAGUACAAAGAUAACGACCUAGUCAUGUUUGACACUAACAACGAAUAUCACGACAUGGACCAGGAUCUCGUGCUGAACCUCAACCAAGCAGCCAUUAACGGCAUCCGCGCCGCAGGUGCGACCAGCCAGUACAUCUUCGUCGAAGGCAACUCCUGGACCGGCGCCUGGACGUGGGUCGACGUCAACGACAACAUGAAGAAUUUGACCGACCCCGAAGACAAGAUCGUCUAUGAAAUGCACCAGUACCUAGACUCCGACGGUUCCGGCACCUCGGAGACCUGCGUGUCCGAGACCAUCGGAAAAGAGCGGGUCACUGAAGCUACACAGUGGCUGAAGGACAAUAAGAAGGUCGGCUUCAUAGGCGAAUAUGCCGGGGGUUCCAAUGAUGUAUGUCGGAGUGCCGUGUCGGGGAUGCUGGAGUACAUGGCGAAUAACACGGACGUAUGGAAGGGUGCGUCGUGGUGGGCAGCCGGGCCAUGGUGGGGAGACUACAUUUUCAGCCUGGAGCCCCCAGAUGGAACUGCGUACACGGGUAUGCUGGAUAUCCUGGAGGCGUAUCUUUGA